GAGAUUUUGAUCAAACAAUUGUUUCUAAAAUGGAGACUAAAGUCUCGAGCAACACUGACUAGAUAUAGAAUUAACAGUGUUUCUAGUAGUGGAUCAUCCGAGCUAUACAGACUGGAAAGUGAUGAUGAUUUUGAUGAUCAAUUGGAUCAAUUCAACACAAAAGACAAGAAAACUGGAAAGAAGGGAAAGGUGCAUACUUCAUAUUUAAGCAAAGGAAGCAAGCUUAUGGAGGCAACAUCGGCUCUCUCUGCACUAGGAUUAACUACUGUAAGAGGAUUGGAUGAUACCAAGAGAGGACCUGUCAUUCUCUCCCAUUCGUUUGCGCAUAAACUCCAUUUUACUGAAGAGAUGAGGGAUUUAAAGCUUUUAGCAGAACAAAAACAUUUGCCUGAAGAAGUUAUGCAGCAAGCAGAUAUCCUGGAAAAACUUAGAACAGAGAAUUUCGACAGAUACUCAACAAACUAUGUUAGAUGUGAAUUAGUUAGAGUACAUGAGGCAUAUCAAACCCUUCGUCUUAAAUACAAAUCCAAAUAUCAGGGGAAACUACCACAGCCCAGGUUUAUUGGAGGAUAUGGUAAACUAGAUACCGAGACGGGGAUGGGGGAGGACGAUGAAGCACCUAGAGGUCCAGAAUUCCAGGAUAGUGGAGUACUUCUAGAAGGACGUAUGAAAGACGAGUUCUUUAUAUUGCCCGGAGAUGAUGAUGACGAAUUUUAAUCAAACGUUUAAAUAUUGCUUUCCAUUUUAUGUAUUUACUUUUAUACAAUAAAACAAAUGCGGGAGA